CAUGAUUAUAUCUACCAUGUAUAAUUUCAUUUCUAGAAAAAAAGGUUACUGUGGUCUAUAACAUUUGUGAGAAUGGUUUAUAGGUAAAAUAUUGAAAUAUUUGUUAUUUAAGAAGGAAAAAUAAGGAAAGAAUUGUUAAAGCUGUCAUUGUAUAUUCAGAAAAAUAACGUUUGAUGAAGUGAUUGACAAAUUUGUAUUGGAAAAGUGUGUUAAUACCAUAGAAACGUUAGCAAAAGGAAUUAUUAUUUAAAUAAUUAAAGGAAUAUUAAUUAAACAUAUAGAUAUUCAUAAUGAUUAUAAUGUGAAGAAGUCUACAUUCAUGGAAAUAUGAUGUACAUGAGAACAUGUUUAACCAAUUAAUGAAUAUAUACAUGUAUGUAGGACAUUUAAUUUUCAAAUAGAAAGAGUGCAUUAUUCCAAAAGUAUUAUUUUAUGGUGGAAAAGAUAAACAUUAAAAAGAUAAAGAUAAUAAACAUUCUGUGGAAGAGUUAUGUAAUACAAAAUAUUACAUGAUACUGAAGGAAUUUAUGGCAUAGAAGAAGACAAACUACAAGUGGAUUAUUAUGUGUUAUUAAACAAUCAAUGAUUUAAAAAGGAUAUAUCAUAAAACAAUAUCAAUGAUAUAAAAAGGAUAUAUCAUAAAACAAUAUCAAUGAUAUAAAAAGGAUAUAUCAUAAAACAAUAUCAAUGAUUUAAAAAGGAUAUAUCAUAAAACAAUAUCAAUGAUAUAAAAAGGAUAUAUCAUAAAACAAUAUCAAUGAUAUAAAAAGAGACAUAUCAUAAAAACAAUCUGUACUAUUAAAGGAUUACAAUAUAAAGAGUGGAUUUAUGUAAGCAGAUGACAGGUCAUAUAUUAUAAUGGCAGAAGUUGGUGAGAAUUUAGAGCCAAAUGAGAUAGAGUUACUGACUCCAAAACAGAAUGGUUCAAUGGAUGACGAUCAAGAGAAGAAAAACCCAUCCACUAUACGUGGCAUGUGGAAAAAAGCAUUUAAAACAUUGAAAAGCUCAUCCUCUGUUGAAAAACUUUCAAAGAAGAGUAGUUUUAGUAAAAAGAAACAGAGUUCCAAAGAUGCAGAUGAUGAAGUAGAACAGCUGAGUGGUGGUCCAGUAGAUCCUGUGUACAGUCUCUUGAAAUGUGCCGCUGACCUGCCGCGAUCGGGUGGUAAAUCUCCAUGCCUCUUACAUCAACACUGUAGUGGCCAGCAUACACCUGCGUAUGUCCGCUACCCAAGUGGUGGAGAUAGCAGCGGUAAUACAUCCAAAACAUCUAGUCCAUCCUCCUCCGUAUCGCACAGUCCAAAGACGAGACGAAAGAAGUUAAAUGCUCGCAUGAAAAGCUUUUCACUGGAUACCCCUGAGCCACCCAAACAACUUUUGGGUAUUGAUGAAUCCACAAAGAAGAAAAGCAGUUCAUUCACUAACACUUGCUUUGGAGUAGGAACACAGAGUCCCGAGGAGAAGUUUACUUUCUCAGCAUCAAGUUUACGAAAGAAGUUUGCAUUUGCUAAAGCAAGCUCUCUAGAAAUAGAGGAGAAAAAGAACAGAAGUUUCUCACCCUCGCCAAAAGGUUCACCAAAAUCCCAAAAGAAAGAAAUCAAAAAUUUGUAUGUAGCAUUAUAUAAUUUUAAAGCCAAGGAGAAGGACGAUAUAGAUCUAAGGGCAGGUUGGCGAGUUAAUGUUACAGACAGCUCCAAAAAAGAUUGGUGGAAAGGCAAAACCCAUGGAAGAACAGGAUAUUUUCCAGCAACGUAUGUGAUACCAUUGCAAUUAGAUCAGAGGGUCUUCCAGGUGUUACAGCCUUUAAAUCUCUCAGAUGGCAAUUAUUCUAUAAAGUUUCAUAAAGAUCAGAUUGUAUUACAAAUAGGUGAAGAAGUAGAGGGAAUGAUUUUGGUUCGGGCAGCAAACAACCGCCAGGCAUUAUGUCCGCUUUUAUACCUACAGGAGUUAUGAUAGUGGCUUUUAUUAGAAUAGACUUUUCUUUUUCAAAAUUCUUAUUUUUCGAAAUUUAUGUCAAAAAUACUGUAUUGUUGAUGAUGUAUUGGAAGAUUCAAUACAGCAUGUUAUAAAUGAAACUGAUGGAGAAGUUAUUGUUAUUAAUUAACUGGUUAAUGUUCAUUGUGAUUAUAAUGGCUUGUUUGUUGAAUGAAAAUGUUGAUGUUAAUGUAGGAGAAAAAUGAAACAAGUUGAUAUGUGAACCGUUAUUGAGUUAUAGAUAUUGUUUUGCGAUGUUGAUUUAAAGUGAAUUGGUCUAUAAUGGAAGGCCUGUACGUUAUGCAAUGAUUAAAUUCAUUGCUAGUAUUUAGUAUCAGACAAUAUAACAACAAACCACAAAACAAAAUUGUUGGCAAGUGUGAGAUACCUGAUACGAUAUUACAUAUAUAGCAGAUAAAAAAUAUUUUAGAACAAAAUAUUAUUAUUCAUCAUAUAUAAUGUUCACUCUAAAUCACUUAGAACUAAAGCAACAUUUUUAUUUUCAAGCAAAUUUUUAUAAGAAUAUCCAAAUGAUACAUUUCUGUUGUGUAUUUUUUCCAGUACUUGAAAUACUCAUGAAAAUAAUGUGCCCAUUGUAGACCAAUCCACUUUAAAAUGAAAGUUAACCUGUUAACCAUGUCAUGAUAGUUAACUGGUUAACCAUGUCAUGAUAGAUGAUAGUUAAUCGGUUAACCAUGUCAUGAUAGAUGAUAGUUAACGGUUAGCCAUGUCAUGAUAGAUGAUAGUUAACUGGUUAACCAUGUCAUGAUAGAUGAUAGUUAACCAGUUAACUAUGUCAUAUAUUACAAAGAGUGUGAUAAGUGUUAGAAUCUAAGACUUUUUUAAUAAUUUUACAUAAAUUUUGAAGUGAACAUAUCUUACGGUCCAAGUUAUUAAUUUGAUAUUGAGAAUUAAGUAAGAUAAGAGCAACCCCUUGUUGUUUUUUGUAUUGUUUUUUAAAUUAAUUUUACUUGAAUUUCAUAAUCUAAUGGCUUUAUACAGUAAAAUAUUAUAUAAGUUGAGUAUUUUAAGUUUGUGGUAAAAUCCACUGUUUGUUUACUUUGCAUAACCUCAGUAUCUUGUUGAGUUGGCAUGACGAUAAAGUGACAUGCAUAUACUUGUAUAGUCAACACUUUCAACAUAUUCUGUACUUGUUAAUAUUUUCAUGCAGCUUUAUUUAAAUCUUUAAUAUAAGUCUCUGAUAUCUUGACAUUAAAAAAAAUUUCUUUGUAAAAUUUAGUACUUACUUUGUAAACCUAAGAAAAUUAUCUGUUUUGUUGAUUUUAUUCCAAUGAAAUUCAGGUUUUUUUAAUUUGUUUUUAGGGCUUUCAAGAGGAAUAUGUGGGUUAUUUUUUUCUUUAACAGCCUGAAGUCACUGGAUUAGACUAUUGAGAGGUACUCGGGGUUUCUGCUGGCUGGGUUCAUUCCAGUGGUAACUUAAAGUCAAAUCUAGCUGUGUCCAAUAGAUGGAUAAUGUAACUACAAUUUCUCUUUGAUGAAAAUGUAUUAUAAUAAUACUCUGCAGUAUUAAUGUUGAUUCUAAUUAGGUUCUAUUUUUUUUGUU